UGUGCGUAUGUGCAGUACGCGGAUGAGGCUGGACGCCAUCUUUACUCCAUCCCCAGCACACAGCGCUGCCGGUGGGGCGGAACACAGCACACUCAUCGACCCACUUGAUUUCAAGGAACCGCCGAUAGACCUGACACACACACACACACACACACACACACACCGCCGUGUCUUUCCACUAGACGAAUUGUCGCUUUGAACAGUUCGCCAGUCUACCUUCAUCUUAUCACACGAUGGUUGAGCGAGAGGACCUCGUGUACCAGGCAAAGCUCGCCGAGCAGGCGGAGCGGUAUGACGAGAUGGUGGUGUCUAUGAAGAAUGUCGCGGGCAUGGACGUGGAGCUCACAGUGGAGGAGAGGAACCUACUAUCGGUGGCCUACAAGAAUGUGAUCGGAGCUCGGAGAGCCUCCUGGAGGAUAAUCAGCAGCAUCGAGCAGAGGGAAGAGUCGAAGGGCGGAGAAGAGAAACUGAAGAUGAUCCGGGAAUACAGGCAAACGGUUGAGAAGGAGCUGAAAUCAAUCUGUGGUGACAUUCUGGACGCACUGGAGAGACACCUACUCCCCUCUGCUCUCAUGGGAGAGUCUAAGGUCUUCUACAACAAAAUGAAGGGUGACUACCACAGGUAUCUGGCAGAGUUUGCCACCGGCAACAACAGAAAGGAGGCAGCAGAGAACAGCCUGGUGGCCUACAAAACUGCUACCGAUCUAGCCACGUUGGAGCUGCCUCCCACACACCCCAUCCGCCUUGGCCUCGCCCUCAACUUCUCCGUAUUUUACUACGAGAUCCUCAACUCACCCGACCGCGCUUGCAGGUUGGCAAAGGCUGCGUUUGACGACGCCAUCACAGAACUGGACUCACUGAGUGAAGACAGCUACAAGGACUCCACACUUAUCAUGCAGUUGUUACGUGACAACCUGACACUAUGGACUUCAGAUAUGCAGGGAGAGGGUGAAGAACAGAACACAGAGGCACUGCAAGAUGUUGAGGACGAGGCCCAGUGAGACUAUGCCACCAACAGCCAACAACUUGAGACCCUCCCCCUCACCUCCUCACACUCCUCCCACCUUCGUCCUCCUUCCACCCCCCCCAACUCCUCUUCCCUUUCCUGCGAGUCGCCUUCCUCUUCCCCCUCUCUCCUCCUUUCCUUUCCUCCACCUCUGCAGCUCCACGGUCCAGCAGGUCCACGGGGUUAACAACUUUAUUUUUCUCUUCUUUUUUAUUUUUAUAUUAGCCCUUACAUCAUUCAAGUAAAUACCACUUAAUUGAGACAGGAAAUACAAUGUUAGAAAGACAAAGGUGAAGAGUCCCUGGAUUGUUCUUGUUUUGUUUGUUUUUUUGUCCUGGUACAGUUCUGAAAUGUUCUCUGUUUUCAUUAUUGUAUUUUUGUUUGUUUUUGCUUUUUCUUCAAUAUUUUUAUCAGUUGCUGGAUGUAUUGAGAAUUUUUUUUUCUUAAUGUAAUUACAGAAAUUAACUUUUAUUACUGAUAAUGUCGACUAUUAGUUAUGGGAGCUAUUUUAUCUGUUUUUAGUGAAAUGCGAAUCAUUUUACCUUUUUAUGGGCAACUUGGAACAACAAGUGCCCUUUUUUUGUUAACUUAGGUUUUUCAGAGGAAGUUGGCAAAAUUCGCGAUAUCCAUGUGGGGCAAAGCCGUGCUUAAUUCGUACACCAUAGUGAUUCUGUUGUCAUGUUUUUGUAGGUGUCCUUGGACUGUACUUUGUGCUGAAAUACUGUAACUGUGCACACAUGCUGAAUCUCUGAAGGUUGACUUAUCACAGGUUGGUGGUUUUAAUUUAAAAGAAAAAAACAAAACUUGGGAGAUUUCUCACUUCUGUAAAAGAUGAGUCUGAAUAUUCGGCCCCGCUCCGCAACAGAGAGCCUUAAAAUCAUGAUAGUCAGUGCUUGCAUGAGUUAACACAUAUUUUCUGCUGCUUCUCCCCUGUGUUUUACUAAAGCUCCUCUAGGUUCAGAGGUUUUCUUUCUUUGCCAUUUCCUUUGUUUCUCUUCCUGUUUUGCUUCAUUAUGUGUAACUUGGAGCUGAUUUGUACUACUGGAUAUCUGACUGAAGCCACAGACAGGGAAUCUGUACUGUUCUUACUGAAACACAGCAUGGAAUUAACAUUAAACAAUCUAAAUUAAACAUUA